UUGGCAUUGGUAGCCCCUCUUGUGCAUGUCGACAAUGGUUGCCGUCGCCGCUUCCUCCGCCGUCUUCACUGCUUCCUCCACCACCAGAUCUCCUCUGUCCAUCCCCCGCUGGUCAUUCUCUUACUCCCUCCGUCCAUCUCCCCGCCAAUCUCUCCACAUCUCCUGCUCUGCCAACUCAAAACCCGCCCUGCCGAUUUUUCCUCCAUCACCACCACAGAUCCUCCGCUUGUGGUCCCUAGAUUUUACCCCGACGAGCCCCGGAAGGGGCCCGACAUCCUCGUGGAAGCGCUCGAGCGGGAGGGAGUCACCGAUGUGUUCGCCUACCCGGGCGACGCUUCCAUGGAGAUCCACCAGGACCUCACUCGCUCCACAACCAUCCGAAACGUUCUUCCCCGCCAUGAGCAAGGCGACAUCUUCGUUGCCAAAGGCUACACUCAUUCCUCCGGCAAGCCUGGCAUCUGUAUCGCCACCUCGGGCCUCGGGGCCACCAAUCUCAUCAGCGGCCUCGCUGACGCGCUCCUCGACAGCGUCCCACUAGUCGCCAUUACCGGCCAGGUGCCCCGCCGCAUGAUUGGAACUGACGCCUUUCAGGAGACUCCAAUCGUCGAGGUAAGUCGCUCCAUUACCAAGCACAAUUAUCUGGUUCUCGGUGUGGAUGACAUUCCUAGGGUUGUGAAAGAGGCGUUCCAUUUGGCUACUUUGGUCUGCCCUGGCCCGGUUUUGAUCGACAUUCCCAAGGAUAUUCAGCAGCGGCUAGCUGUUCCUAAUUGGGAAUGUGAAAUGAAGUUGCAUGGUUACAUGGCUAGGUUGCCUAAGCCGCCUUGCCAGUUGAAUUUGGAGGUCAUUACGAGCCUGUCACUGGCAAUGUUUGGGAUGCAUGGAACUGUGUAUGUGAACUAUGUUGUGGAGCACAGUGAUUUGCUGCUUGCUUUUGGAGUGAGGUUUGAUGAUCGUGUGAUUGGGAAGCUUGAAGCUUUUACGAGUAGAGCCAAGAUUGUUCACAUUGAUAUUGAUCCAUCUGAGAUUGGUAAGAAUAAGCAGCCUCACGUAUCGUUGUGUGGAGAUGUGAAGUUGGCAUUGCAGGGGAUUAAUGAGCUCUUGGAAAGCAAGGAGGCUAAGAGUAAGUUGGAUUUCAAGGCAUGGAGAGAGGAGUUGAAUGAACAGAAAGUGAAGUAUCCAUUGACAUACAAGACUUUUGGAGAAGCGAUUCCACCGCAACAUGCCAUUCAGGUUCUUGAUGAAUUGACUAAUGGGGAAGCAAUAAUUAGCACAUGGGUUGGUCAACAUCAAAUGUGGGCUGCUCAACACUACAAGUACAAGAGGCCACGACAGUGGUUGACUUCUGCUGGACUUGGAGCUAUGGGUUUCGGUUUGCCUGCUACUAUGGGUGCUGUUGUUGCCAAUCCGGAAGCUGAUGUUGUGGAUAUUGAUGGCGACAGAAGCUUUAUGAUGAAUGUGCAAUAG